CCUUUUGGAAUGACUCGACUAGACCAUCAUUCUCAGCAUUCCUCCUCCUCUUCACAUCUUAUGAUUAUUCCUCAACACAAGAUACAAAGUAUGGUAUUGAGUUGGUUGGAAGAAGAUAUUCCUAGUUUUGACUGGGGUGCUCAAGCUGUUGGAGACAGAAUCACAUCCGCUACACUUUAUAUCAAGUCCAAAGGUUUAUUAGCAGGUAAGCCAUUCUUUGAUGCCAUCUUCCAACAGUUGGAUUGUACUGUGCACUGGUAUGAUGGAGAAGAAGAGUCUGCAAUAGAUGAUGGACAGUGGUUUGAUCCCCAGUCUCAAGUGGAUGGACGCAAUAUGUUAGCUAUAGCAAGAAUACAAGGCCCAGCUUGUCAAAUAUUACGUGGAGAACGAACAGCUUUGAAUGUAUUGGCACGUUGUAGUGGUAUAGCUACGAGAGCUUUUCAAUUGACAACUUUGGCUCAACAACAUAAUUGGCAAGGUUGUAUAUCAGGAACUAGAAAAACAACUCCCGGUUUUCGGUUGGUAGAGAAAUAUGCCAUGUUAGUAGGUGGAGUGGAUACUCAUCGAAUGGAUUUAUCUUCGAUGGUUAUGUUGAAAGAUAAUCACAUUUGGAGUUGUGGAAGUAUUGCACAAGCUAUUCAACAAGUACAACGUGUAGCAGGAUUUUCACUCAAAGUGGAAGUAGAAUGUCAAAGUUUUUCCGAUGCCUGUCAAGCAGCUGAAAAAGGUGCCGAUAUAGUUAUGUUGGAUAAUAUGAAUCCCAUACAAGCUAAACAAGUUGCCAAUGCUUUGAGACAACUCUAUCCAUCUGUAUUGAUUGAAUGUAGUGGUGGUAUUCGAGAAGAUAAUGUUGCAGAUUAUUUUUCAUCAGAUAUAGAUAUUCUUAGUCUCAGUUUAUCUCAACACUCACAAUUCCAUCUGAAAUCUCAUUUCCAUAAAAAACAGAGAAGAAUGAACAAGUUGACCAUUUCGUCCGUUGACUUUACAGGAAAAAGAGUGGUUUGUAGAGUGGACUUUAAUGUUCCGUUGGAUAAACAAACAGGCGCUAUAACCAAUGGCCAACGUGUGGAUGCAACGCUUCCCACUAUAAAAUAUAUUCUAGAAAAGGGAGCUAAAAGUAUCGUUCUUCUUUCACAUUUGGGUAGACCAGAUGGCAAAGUGGAUAAGAAAUAUUCCUUGAAACCAGUUGCUGAAUAUUUACAACACAAAUUGGGGAAACCAGUUACUUUUUUGGAAGACUGUGUUGGACCUCAAGUGGAACAAGCUUGUAAAGAUCCUUCUCCAGGUUCCAUAUUUUUAUGUGAAAAUUUACGUUUUCAUAUAGAAGAGGAAGGAAAAGGAGUGGACGAAAAAGGAAAUAAAGUAAAGGCGACACCUGAACAAAUCCAAUCAUUCCGUGCCAGUCUUACCAAGUUGGGUGAUAUUUAUGUAAACGAUGCUUUUGGAACAGCACAUCGUGCACACUCCAGUAUGGUGGGUAUUCAGUUGGAUAUUCGAGCAGCAGGCUUUUUGAUGCAAAAGGAAUUGGAAUAUUUUCAUAAAGCGUUGGAAAAUCCAAAGAGACCUUAUUUAGCUAUCUUGGGAGGAGCCAAAGUAUCAGAUAAGAUUCAACUCAUUCAAAACUUGUUACAUAAAGUGGAUGAAAUGAUUAUCGGAGGUGGUAUGUGUUAUACUUUUCUAAAAGUAUUGCAUUCCAUGAACAUCGGAGACUCCAUCUAUGAUGAGCCAGGAUCCCAUUUGGUCGAUUCUAUUAUGAAAGAAGCCAAAGAUAGAAAUGUCAAGAUACAUUUUCCAGUAGACUUUGUUGUAGCUGAUCGUUUUGCUCCCGAUGCACAUACUGAGAUUCGUACAAGAGAACAAGGCAUUCCAGAGCAUAUGCAAGGAUUGGAUUGUGGACCACAAAGUAGAACUCAAUUUUCACAAGUAGUCCAAAGUUGUAAGACUAUAGUAUGGAAUGGACCUUUAGGCGUGUUUGAAAUGGAUAUAUUUGCACAAGGCACUCGUGAAGUGAUGGAAGCUGUUGCUCAUGCUACCAGUAGUUUGGGAGCUACAAGUAUUAUUGGAGGUGGGGAUACUGCAACUGCUGCUGCCAAGUUUGGAUGGGAAGAAAAGAUGAGUCAUGUGAGUACUGGAGGAGGUGCAAGUUUGGAACUUUUGGAAGGAAAAGUAUUGCCUGGAGUGGAAUUUCUAAGCCGAGUGGAAUCGAAUUAGUGUUUGUGUCAUGUCUUUUGUAUUGGGUGAGAAUAAAGAAGUGAUCACCAUUUCUUCUAAAGGUUAUGGAGUU